GUUUGAUUAAUCAGUCCAACAAAAUCCAAAUUUCCUAUGCCCUUUUCUUUUUUCUUGUACAAAUGCAAUUAAUUCAUGAUUAGAAGAGUUAAAGACAAAAUAAGAGAGGAAGAUCAAAUAAAGAAAUCAAGUUAAAUCAAGAAAAAGAACAACAAGAAGAAAAUAGAAUAUUAAUUAUGGCUUGUUUUUUCCCAUAUAAUAGCAGAAACUUGGAUACAAGUUUCUUCAUAUUCAGGCCAACAAUUGUGAUUGUGGAUGAUCUUUUGGAAGCUCUCAAGCAUUUCUCUUUUUCUACUCAAAGUCUUGGAUGUGUACAUAGUGCUAUUUUUAGAAGCAUUCAUGGGAAUAUGAUGGUAUGGUAUGGAGCAUGGAUAAAGAGAUCUAGUGAGAAUAAGGACUCACUGGCUGCAACUCUUCUUUCCAUGUUAACAAGUGUAUCAAGCAUGGCAAUUCUACUAGAACAUGGCUUCUUUGAUGCAUAUGCUGGAGAAUCAAAGGAUCAUUCACCCGCCGCGAAAUUCUACACAGGGGAUAUAGUUUCCAUGAACUCUGCCUCUUUCUCCCUUCACGAAAUGUCACUCGAAGAUUUUACAUACGCGUGCUUAGCCAUUUUCAAGGACCGGUUCCACAAGAUGGAUGGCGCGGUAUCUGGGGUUUGCUUGAAGUGCCAUCAACUACCUAAAGUAGCCGCGGUUUUCGUGUGGAAAUCCUUACAAUGUUGCUACAAUUACAUAUUGAAUCAAGAUUCUAGGAGUGUUCUUCCUUAUUUUGAUGGGUUUUCACUAGAUUUGAAAUAUGAUGUGUUUAAGGUUGUUUAUGUUAGUGGAGAUGGUCCCUUGAAUUUUCAUCUUUUCCCUCCUCACAAGAUGUUGGAGGGCAAAGAAGGGUUACAUAAUGUUACUCAAGAUCUUAAUAGAAUUACUAAAUAAAAACUGAAAAUAAGAGGUAAGUACUAUAUAUUGGGCAUAGAGACAUGUGGAUCAUGCCUUCAAUUUUGGUAUGUAAUUGAUAAAGUUUACUAUGAGGAAAAUGAAAAUUUUCUUUUA